GGCUAUGCGCCUAUAUCACCUGAAGGAAAAGAAAGAGGAAAACUCCACGCAUCUUUUUCGUAAAAAACAAAGAAAGAGUCCAUCCACACCAUCCAACACUCUCCCAUGGCCCCAUCUGGACCAAAAUUUAUGACAAAAGACAAUGAAAAUAUAUACAUGGAGAGAGCGAGAGAGAGAGAGAGAGAGAGAGAGAGAGAGGAAAACAAUGCAAGAAAGAAGCGUUAAUCAGGAUCUCAAGCACCCAACAAAAAAUGCAGACUUUUUUUUGCCACAAAUGCCCUUCUGAAAUCCCCAUCUUCGUCAAUUUCACUGUCUUGUCAAGAAAUGUUCUUUAAUUAUGCCGAAUUUGUGGGCUUUUGGGGCUUUGUUUUGGUCAGUGAGUUUUUCCGCAGAGAAAACAGGAAAGCAAAGAAAGAACCUACCUUCUAUUGCUCUCUAUCUCUUUCUUUCUCCCUAUUAUAUCUUACUUUUCUUCACACAAGCCUUUCCUCAAUUCUUCUUCACCUCAUAUUAUAUUCAUCUCUAUCACCAUACAAAAAUCAUCUGGUUCUUGAUUAAACUGAUCAUUACUUUUUCUUUUUUUCGGGUCUGAUGUUUAAGAAGAUGAAAGGGAUUUCUUCGUAUUCAAAACCAUUUUAUGGUGUUGGUUUGUAUCAGAAUGCUAAUUCCAGUUUCAAGCAUCUGGCUCUCAUGCAAGACUAUAGAGAGUUGCAGAAGGUAUAAUUUGGUGGUGCUGUUUUUCUUUCCUUUAUUUCAAGAACCUGUUGCUUCAUUUUUGUAUAGGUUUCGGUAUUGGAAGUUUGAUUUGUUUUCUUGAGAUGCUUUUAGGGUUUUUUUUGGUGGUUCAAGAAUGUCUGAUGAAUUUGAUCUGUUUUCCUUCUAUUUAGCUGCAGAUAAAAAGAUUCAUAUGGUCAAAUUUAAAAUUAUUGGAAAUUUUAAAAAUUGAGGUUUUAUUGUUGUUUGCUUGAUAGCUUGAAUAAUUCUAUUAUGUACUGCUCUUUGGUUGUGUAGUUUCUGCAUGUUUUGAUCAAACUAUUGUAUGACAGAUUUUUCUGAAGACCUUUUGAUUUCAAUUUUCCUUUGCCAUUUAUUAAAUGAAUUUAGCACAUCUUAAUCUUAUACUGCAUUUCCUUAAUAUUCCAUUCCAGUAGCGAAUUCAUAUAAUUUUUUGUUGUAAGAUAUUCUCUUUCUUGAUGAAUAUUUAUAAGGUUCUCCCUAUUUGUGAUGAAUUUAAAUGCCAUAAUUGGGCGUGAAUUCUGGGGAAUUUUAGUCCUUCGAAUUGAUAAAGAAGUCAGUAGUUGAUGGUGUUGACCUCAAGAAAUGUAUGGAUGAUGUGGCCAACAGAUUCUGGGUCCUCUCGCGUACAACUAAGCCUUUAGUGCUGCACACUUGGACAAAUUGUGAGCCAUACGUGGCCUUCUAUGGAGUAGGGGGAGGCGGCUACGUGCACUCUAACGAUCAAGUCUGUCGAUGUAUGCGUGAAUGGGUGUGGGACAUGCUAGAGACGUGAGCUACUAAGUAUCAUUGAUCUAGAAGGGUAUCAAGUCAAUAUAGAAAGAGUUUAAAGUUUGAAUGUAUAAAGUUGCAUUACCUUGAUAUAAUGCAAUGUGUGGGAUUUUAUAAUAGAAGAGGUAAGAUACUGGCAGUUGGAUGGAAAGACGCAUGGUCUCAUUCUAACAGCCAACCUGUCAACUAAUCCAUCAUAGGCUAGAUGCAUUUAUAGUGUUUAAUGAUUUUAAAAAGUUGUUAACCUUGAGCUUAGGUCUGACUUCUAAUAUAUAGACUGACAAUUUGACGUUAAAGUAUCCGGCAUUGAGUUGUCACAUCAUGGAGCCGUUGUCAGUUCUGUAUGGAAGAUCUCCUGAGAAGAUGUGGAAUAGAAGAUGUUUUCCAUUAAUAUGGAAACUAGAAGCCUUACAUAUUUUCCAUGCAGCGUGUGGCACUUUGCCUCUUCUAUGGAGGCUCGGCCUCAAGGGAGCUGAAGCAGUCCAAUCACCUCUGCUACCCAGGUGCCUCGCUUAGGCCAGAUUUCGGCUGGCUAAUUCAUUAUCAUACCAUUUGCAGGAGGCUCAUGUUAUCAGAAAUAAAUUGGAUGCUGCUAAGCAGAGGAAGCUGAUGCUGGCAGCCGAAGUUUGGUUUUUAAGACGAAGAUACAAAUGGCUACUGAAAACAGAGAGUUUGAACUCAUCACAAGAACAGCAAAUUGAACAACCGCUAAAUUUAGCUAACCAAACUAAGAACGAGGAACUUUUCUGCAGCAGAAUGGGAACUACUGUACGUAAGUUACCCUCUAUCCCCGACACAAAAUCCAACGGGAAACUUAGUAUUGGAAAACAAAGUUCUCGACACAGUGCAUCUCUGUUUAAUAAUCUGAAACGUGAGCAAGUAUUACAUGGUGGAAACGAAGCUAGCCAUCCUAUUUCGACUCUUGUUUCUGAUAAAAAUAACAGAGGAGGAAUAAAAUGUGGGAAAGAAACCUUAAUGCAAUGCGCGAUCCCGUCCUUUGAUUUGAACCAGAAGGAAAGAAUAUACCGAGCUAACAAUGUUGGUCUCAGGAACUCAACCGUCGCUUUUGAUUUGAACCAGGACAGUGAUCUAAGUAGGAAAGAAGCUUGCAUGCCAAGUCGAACUCCAUUCUUCGACUUAAACGAAAUUUCGACUGGGGAUGAGGAUUUCCAGACUAAUUUUAAACCAUCAAAGUUUGAGGAAGCAAAAAUGGGUUUAAUUAGAGCUGUAGAAGAUGAUCAGAACGACUUAAAGUUGUCUCUGUGCAGAAAUGCCGGGGAAGGUUCGUCCCUUGUGGGGAAGAGGAAACUUUCAUGGCAGGACAGUGUAGCGUUGAGCUUUUGAACGUUUCAUUUGUGUCGGUAAAGGGACAUAUUAAAAUAAGAACUUCUAAAGUCUCUUCUUACUUGCUUUUUUCUCAUCUUGUAGUCUCUAGUUUUCUGUAAAUCUUUCGAAUUAGAGGAAUACUUAGUUUCAUUUCAUACCAGCAUUUUGUAUACACAUUAUAUGUUCGUAACAAUUGGCAAUUACUAAUAAAGAAGAGAGACAGUUUGCUAGUA